AUGGCACCCGGCGUGACAGGCUGUCUGGGAGAAGUGCAACUUCUGGGGGUCGUUGACCACGAGAUACAGCCUGUACGAAACGACCUACGACAGGAAGCUGACGGAGACAGCAUGGCGAUAAACUUCAAGGACGGGGUGAUCCUGGGAGCGGACUCACGCACGACGACGGGCGCAUAUAUUGCCAACCGGGUGACGGACAAGCUGACGCAGGUGCACGACACGAUAUGGUGCUGCCGCUCCGGCUCGGCAGCAGACACGCAGGCGGUGGCAGACAUCGUCAAGUACCAUCUAGGCAUGUACGGCGUGGUAUACGACAAGCAGCCCACCACGCAGACGGCCGCCGCUCUCUUCCAGGAGCUCUGCUACGACAACAAAGACGCCCUGAGUGCGGGUAUAAUAAUUGCCGGCUACGACGAACGGCAUGGCGGCCAGGUAUACAGCAUCCCCCUGGGCGGCUCCCUACACAAGCAGCCGUAUGCGAUUGGGGGCUCUGGGUCGACGUACAUCUACGGCUACUGCGAUGCACACUGGCGAGAAGGCAUGGACGAGGCGGAGGGCGUGGAAUUCGUCAAGAACUCGCUGCGAGAGGCCAUCAAAUGGGACGGCAGCUCCGGGGGCGUCAUCCGCAUGGUCGUCCUCACCAAGCAGGGCGCCGUCCGGCACCUCUACCUCCCUGACAACGGAUACACGGGGCCAGGCUCUUCUGCUCCUUAG